CGGAGCUUGCGGCGCGCGCGCGCGCUUCUCCGGGACCAACGGGAGAAGGAGCGGCGGCAUCGGAGCGGAGCGGUACCGGUACCGGCAGCGGCUGCAUGUGCGGGUGCGGAACCGAGCGGGGCCCAGCGGAGCGGCGAGGCCGGAGCUGGAGCCAGGCGAGCAGCAGCCUCGCUCUUCACUGGGAUUUAUGGAGGUGUUGAGAAGCAGCUUUGAGCUCUGCAGUCCCCGGACACCUCUCCUCACCCGGCAUCCCAACCUUCGGAUUUAACCAUUCAAGGCUCCCGUGCAUGGAUUGCCCGAGCCAAGCACCGCUGCCGGCCGUCGCCGCCCCGUAGGCUCCCAGCCCCCCUUGCCACCCCCAAGUACUCCACAUACCCCGAUGGGGUAACGUGACGGGGCCACCACCGUGCCACCACCAUCCCCAUAUGCAGAGGCCUUUCUAGAGCGCAGCACCGGAGGCGACAGCCGCUCGCCAUUGCACACACGCCGAGGACACCGACACUACGACAAAGGGAUUUUUUUUGUUGUUGUUUUUGUUUUUUGUAAUUAUUAUUAUUAUUAUUAUCAUUAAUAUUAUUAUUACCGUUUGGCUUUUACCCCGGGGGCUUGCGGUGUGUCAAGGAAGCCAGCGCGCUCCCAGGAGCUGGGAUUAUUUGCACAACGGUUGUACAUUGAGUUCUCCAUUCUCUUCUGUUAUUUUUAAGUGCAGAGAGGGGUGCUGGUUUUUCUUUUCCCCUCCACACCACUCUUUUCUUGGGCUUUUCCAUCAUCAGCACCACCUCCGCAUCAUCCUUCUCUUGUCCCACCAUGGCCCGGAUGAACCGCCCUGCGCCGGUGGAGGUCUGCUACAAAAACAUGAGGUUCCUCAUCACCCACAACCCCACCAACGCCACACUGAGCACCUUCUUGGAGGAUCUGAAGAAAUAUGGUGCCACCACAGUUGUGCGAGUGUGCGAAGUGACCUACGACAAGACGCCCCUAGAGAAGGAUGGCAUCACUGUCAUGGAUUGGCCAUUUGAUGAUGGAGCACCUCCUCCCAGCAAGAUAGUGGAAGACUGGCUCAACUUACUGAAGACAAAGUUCUGCGAAGACCCCGGCUGCUGCGUGGCCGUGCACUGUGUGGCCGGCUUGGGGCGCGCUCCCGUCCUUGUUGCCCUGGCUUUGAUUGAGAGCGGGAUGAAGUAUGAAGACGCCAUCCAGUUCAUCCGACAAAAGCGCAGAGGAGCCAUCAACAGCAAGCAGCUGACAUACUUGGAAAAAUACCGACCAAAGCAGAGACUCCGGUUUAAGGACCCUCAUAACCACAAGAACAAAUGCUGCAUCAUGUAACCUCAAUGACCUCUUGCCAAAAUUUGUGCACACAGACACCCGGGCACUCGCACACAUCUCCCCUGUCUCUUCCCAGCCCCAUGCACCCCCACGCACUGCCCUGUUCGUGGACCCCACUGCUGGGGGCUGGGGAGGCGGGGGGGAUACAGAGCACCGCCAACGUGUCCCGGCACCUGGAGCGCACUUGCCUUGCUGAAUCCCCAAGAAAGGAUGCUCAGUCCAGCUGCAGCCCCAAAGAGGGAAGGCAGUGCUGCCCUUUGACUCUUGGCAUUAGCAGGCAAUGAGUUCAUGUGCCGGUUCUUUUGUCGCCUUCCUUCUCCUCUUCCUCUUCCCCUUCCCUUCCUGUUGCACUGAGGUCAAGUCCGGCACAAGGAGAGUGCACACAAGGGCACUUGUUUUGGGGGUGAUGCAGGUAGAGUGAUGCCAGCCAUGGAGGGGUGGGGAGCAGGAAAACUGGGGUACCCACAGAAAAAACCCUUUCCCAACUCUUCCACCCCAAAAAGGGCAGCAGUGGGUAUGGAAGUGGGGGAUGGCUCAGAGACCUCGGGGGGUAGAUGGUGAUGGCAAGGAGAGGAAAGGGGCUCAUAGCAUGGUGGUCGUGGGAACAGCUGAGCUAAAUGCCCCCAGCACUGUCCCCUUUAUCCUGCCCCUCUCCAUCACCAUCUCCAUAUAGGGUUUGCAGGGGGCUCAGUGCCCCCUCUGGACCCUGCAGGUAUAUGGCGAAGGCAUCAGAAAAUUUGGGGAUGAUGGCAGGGCUUUGAUUUACCCAGCUUUCAGGGGUGCAGGGUCAACACUGGGUCCCACCAAGUGCUGGAUGCUCUUAUUUAUGGCUUCCAGACUCAAUGCAUGGGGUGAUGGUUUCUAUCCCACCAUGUCCCCUCUGCUGGGCUUGCAGUGAUGCAGUGGGACUGAGCUCAUGCUCAGCAUCUUUGCCAUUGCAUCCCCAAAGCCAUGGCGCAAACCCAAGUUCUGGCUGUGAUGCCCAGUGAACACAAAGUGCAUUUUGGGGCAUGUCCACAUCCUCCACCACUAUAUUUGCUGGCCAAGGGGUGGGUGCAGUUUUCCCGGGGGAUUUUGGGUGCUCCUGGCAAGAGCACAUCACCAAAUUUUGCACCUUCCUUUCCUCCCUUUCUGUUGGCAUCUGCAACAUACGCAGCGCCUGGCACCUCAAAACCUCACCAGUAUAUGCCAUGGGGUGGAUACAAAGCUGCCCCUGAGCCAGGAUGGGAAACAUCUCUCAACUUUCUGCCUUUGAAUGCUUGCAGCUGUGGGAGCAGUGGGCACAUAGGGGGCACAGGUGUGGUUUUUCUUUUGAUGAGGGUAAGAAGAAAUUUGCUAAUUAAAGGAAAAAAGAAAAAAAAAACUCUUUGUCUUCCGCACGUCCUCUGGCCUUUAUUUCUCCCAUUGCUGCCCUGUAGAGUCCAGGAGGUGACUUUCAGCCCUCUGGCCUGAUCCCUAGCACUAUAACUGGGACAUCCAUGUGGCCCAAGUAAUGUUCCAUAUAUCCUAUAGGGCUCACUGUCACUCACCUGUCAGCUGCAGAGUCACAGGUGUUUGGGCAGGGCAAGCUAGUCACCCAAUGUCUGUGGUCUGGGGCUUCCCAACUUAUGCCUUCAGUGCCCUGUGUUGGGUGUCUCUAGAGCUUUGUGUGCCUUCUGAAAUGCAGACUAUCCAGAAACAGUUCAGAGGGCUUAUUUCUUGGGGUAAAUAUUGAGGAAGUUGGGCUGAGGAUGAGCUUGGAACCCUUUCCAAAGAGCUAGACCCACUGUAUAGCAGGGACAACCACCUCAGGAGAAACUGAUGGUACCAAGCUAGGUGGACCUGCUAUACGAAGCUGCUAUACCAAGCCCCACAUAGUGGGGCUGCCCAAGAUUGCUUCAGUUUCUGCUGCCCCAUUUCAGGCUGUUGAUUCCCAUGUUUCAUGGUGAAGACAGUGGUGGCUCUAGGGCCUGCUCUGUUGGGAAGGAUGAUUAAAAAGCCUGAUCCUGUAUUAAAGCAGUCACUCUGGGUCAUCCUCCCCUUCCUGCCCCAUCGUGUCCUGCUGCUAAAAUAGGUGCUGUGGCUGCUGCUUCGUCCCCAGAGGUUUUGGGAAGUGGCUUGGCAUUGUGACUGAGACAGCCCCAAUUCCUCUUAGAGACCUAUGGAGGAUUUGGGAUGAAGUGAUGGGAACCACCAUAGAGGUAUUUCUGCCCUGACAGAGGAGAAAUGUUUUAAGUCUAAGAUUGUUUUGGAGUCACUAUGGGACGGGCUUUGCAGUGCUUCUUCACUUCAUGUAGCAUCAACCCAACCACCUUAAAAUAGGGAACUCCUCACAUAAGAGCAGUCCUUGACCUGGAAAAAUCCAUGUCGCCAAAUCUUAAGCACCUCUGGCUGGCAGAGCAGUGUCUUGAUGUCCUUUGGUUUUGUGAGUCACUGCAGAAGAAAUUAUGCUGCUUUAAUUGCCCUGUUUCUUUUCCUUAUUUUCUUUUUCUUUUUUUUCUCUAUUGGGUGUUUCCUCUUGUUGUGGAACUUUCGGUCACCUCCCAUGUGCUUCUCUGACCUGCAGUCAAUCACAGAAACUCAACAGGGUGAGGAAAUUGAGGGUAUCCCAACUGGGUUAGAAAUCUCAAGCCAAUUCCUUAAUGUAAGUCUUGAGAUGGUAAUAGGGAAGGCUGGAGCUCAGUAGAUACAGAGCACCUGAGCAAGUCCUGAGUGACCAAGAGCUUAUAGCUUGGCUGAUUGUGCAGUCUUUUCUUCAUUCCUGUUUCAUCUCAGAUACCAGACACGUUGAAAGAAGAAAUGUAAAAAUGCUACAUUUGCCAGUUUUGUCAUGGCUCCAUUUGUCUUCAUUGGGUCUUGUAGAAGUCAUAGAGAAUGGACACCUGCAUGGCUUUGUCCGCAAACAAGCCACCUAAUCCUGCCCUUACCUACAGAAGUGAAGGCGCAAACUGGGUUUCAUCCCUCCUACCCCCAUCCAUCUCCUUCCCCUCCUCCAUGGAUACCCUCUAUCAUUCCAUCAUAUCAUAGCAUCAGUCAUAGCUGAACAUCACAUGGGGGAUAAAUCUGAGCAGCAGUCCGUGAUUGUGUCCUCUUGUGGUGUUACAGGUGUGCCUCUCUUUGCAUUUUGGCUUUGCAUGCCCCUUGUGUUCUCCAUGUUGGCCGGUCUGAUGAUGGAUUGCACAGUGGGAGCAGUGAUUGAAAGGAGAACACCACGUCCAUCACAAAUUAUUUAAGAAAGGUCUGGUGGCAGACAUUGCAAAUAUAUAUUAUGGGUCUUGUAGUAAGGCUGACACUGUGGUGCUUGAGCUGAGAGCUUCAGAUGAGGAUGUUUAUGAGUAACAGAUGUUCUGAGGACGCAGAGUGAUUGUCUACAACAGAACGAGUCAAUUUAUAUUAUUUUGUUUCUCUUGAGUUUGUUUCUUUUUGUUAUUAGUCCCAGUGGGGAAGUGCACAGGGAGAUUCGUGACUUCCACGCAGUUUCCAGGGUCUUAUAUCUCAUUUGCUUCCAUCAGGCUGGGUAGGCGGGGUUUGGUGGAUGGGUUUGGAUGAGAUGCUGUCUGGUGGGAGAGAAAUGCAGCCAGUUUCUUUGCAUGACGGAGGUCAUGGGGGGCUGCAUUCCCCCUCACAGACUAUCAGACAUUGAUGGCGAGGGGGACGUUUCUCCACGCUCAGCUUCCCUUCAGACAAUGAUCUCCAGAUGAACUCUCUACUUCCCAGCUGUUUCUUUCUGUGCAACAAAAGAGCUGCAUGUUUUCCUUUUUAACUCUGUGGGCAAUCAUAGUAGAAUGUAGAUUAAGCCCAGAUGACUUUUUAUUUUUAUUGGUUGUUUUUUUUCGGUCUGAGCCAUAGCUUAAGUUAUUAUACCCAUUGCUUUUUGUAUCAAGACAGCAUCACUUUGAAUAUGCAGAUGAGGUAUAGGAUCUUGACACUUUAUAACCUUUUUAAAGAGAAACUUGUCUGUUUACUUAUGUCUUGUGUAAAAAGGAAAAAAAAAAUGUAUGCCUUUUAGUAAUCACUUUUUUUUCUUUUUUUUUUUCUUUUUUUUGAGUUUUAUGAAAUUACAGUGGUUUCACUCCAGCAGCCGCAAAAUAAAAAGUGUUCACUCUUUUGUACA